AUGGCAGAAUCUUCUUUAUCUGAGAGCGGAGAAAUCAGAGAUGAAUCAAGCUCUGUUGUCUAUGACGACGAAGAAGAGCCUAGCCAAGAUUACCGCCCAGGAGGUUAUCAUCCAAUCAUGCUUGGUGAUAUUUUUUUAAAUCGCUACGAAAUUGUUCAAAAAGUUGGCUGGGGUCAUUUUUCUACAGUAUGGCUCUGCAAGGAUCUCAAAUAUAACACAUUUGUUGCCUUAAAAGUGCAAAAGAGUGCAUCUCAUUAUACUGAAGCUGCAUAUGAUGAAAUCGAUAUCUUGCUUAAAAUCAGUACAAGCUAUAAUGAUCCAUUGUGGCUUGCAUCGCUGAAACACUACUAUGAAGGAACUUCUGAGUACCAAAAUGCGAUUUCUGAAGAUGGAAUUAGGGAUCAUUGCUUUGUGGUUCAGUUAUUAAAUAGCUUUAUGCAUGCAGGACCCAAUGGGAAACAUAUUUGCAUGGUUUUUGAGAUACUUGGUGUGAAUUUAUUAGAAAUCAUUAAAGUUUACAACUAUAGAGAUUAAAGAUUAAAAGAUUAUAAGGCCGUAGAAUUAACCACUAGCUACUUGCCUUGUCUUACUUCAAAGCAAAUUCCAUAAACUUUAGAGCGUAAAUGAGGAAAAUAGGAGGCUCUCCUUAUGGAUUUCCGAUCUGAACCACCUGUCCAAAGGAUUAACUGCAUAGUGUAGAGCUACUGACUGAAUAGUUCCCCAAUGGUAACGAUUGAAAAAGCCAUCUUAUAGGUAAAAAUCUGCCAAGCCCAUAAUCUAACUCCCCCCUCCUUUAGCGAACAAAAAUAUUUAGUUCGCUCACGGAGAGCCAUCAAUAUAUUAUUGACGAUUUUCUAUGCAAUUUUUAUUUUUUCUCACAUACUAUUUUUCCACAAUUGACUCGUUCUUAAUUUAAAAAAUCAGAGCUAAGUCGAGAUUUUUAAUGUAACUAUUGGAGUAUUACUGCAUAAAGAGCUAUUAAUCUGUUUUUGCUGCUUUUUAAACACCAUUACCCACUGUUUGGGAAAAAUUCAAAAGUAUUCAUACCAAAAAAUCACUUUUGAAAGUUUUUUGGAGGGGAUUGAAAAAGCACAGUGUAAUUUAUUAAAACUCACUUCAUCUUGCAGGGAUAGUAAGGCUUCCCGAAAUCUGAGGCUCUACUUCAAAAGAGACAGAGGUACUAUUUCAGCUUUAUCAGGAUGGGUCCUACCUGCUCCACAGGGAGUACCCCCCAGAGUCAAAUUUUCAUCAACAUCACCAUUUUUUAUUUCUACAACUAUAAAGGAAUCCCUAUUCCUAUUUGUAGGGUUAUUAGCAAGCAAGUAUUAAUUGCCUUGGACUAUUUGCAUAGGAUAUGUGGGAUUAUUCAUACAGAUUUGAAGCCUGAAAAUGUUCUUUUGCAACUGACCAAAGCACAGAUAAAUGAAAUAAUCAAAUUUGGGAUUUUGAAGAAUAAAAUUGAUUGCCAAGGGCCAACUCCGAGACCUCCAGAAACUCCAAUAACAGAAAUGGUAAAAGAAAUUAGAGAGAUCAAAGAAGAAGAAAAAGAUGAAAAACUAGAAAGGAAGAAGGAAAAGAGGAAAAAAUAUAGGCAGAGGAAAAAAGAAAAGGAAAAGCAGCUAAAAAAUCAGCAGAUUGAAAAAAAUAAUGAAGACACACCAGCAGUGCCGAAAAAGAAAAGAAAGAGAAAUAAGAAGAAAAAAGGUAAAAAAGAAGAAAAUCAGGAGGAAAACAUAAAAAGUGAAAAUAAUGGAACAAGCCACGAAGUCCCGAAGUUUGAAGAAUUUACAUUUGAAAAUGGUGAAAAAAUUGAAAACAAAGAAAUAAAGCCACUCGCCAAAUUUGAUAUUGAAAUUGAAGAGCCAAGUGAUGCCAUAGAAAAGCCAAAUAAUUCAGAAGAAAUCAAUGCACAUGAAGAAGAACUAAAUCAAAUCCAAAACGAUCUCCUUCACGUAGAAAACACAAAAGAAGAAAUCAAUGACAGCAAAGAUGAGAGCGAAUUAAGCCUACUUGAAGACAGCUCCACAGAUUUCAAGCAAACUCCUGUAGUUAAUGAAUUCAUCAAAGUAAAAAUUGCAGACCUUGGCAAUGCUUGCUGAAUCCAUAAGCAUUUUUCAACAGAAAUUCAAACCCGACAAUACCGAAGCCCUGAAGUGAUUUUAGGAAUUUCCUAUAACUAUACAGCUGAUGUAUGGAGCUUUGCUUGCAUGCUCUUUGAAUUGAUAACUGGAGACUUCCUUUUUGAUCCUCGCACAGGGCCUGACUUUGAUAAAGAAGACGAUCAUCUUGCGCAGAUGGUGGAAACCUUAGGAUUCUUCUCAAAACCAUUUGCACUUUCUGGAGCAAAUUCCAAAAAAUUCUUUGACCAUCGUGGAAAACUUCGAAGAGUUUCCCAGCUGAAACUGUGACCAUUAAAAGCUGUAUUAAUGGAAAAAUAUCGCAUUCAGCAGCAUGAAGCUCACAUGCUCACUGAUUUCCUAUUGCCAAUGCUCAUUUACGAGCCUGAAAAAAGAUGCACAGCACAACAAGCCUUAGAUCAUCCUUGGCUAAAAAUGCCGCCAGAUAACAACUAUAGAAUGACUGAAAAAGAAUAUUGGGAAACCAGCUUACUCCUCCCCUCCUUGAUCGAACGGCUCACCAUCGUUCGAUCAAGGAUGGGGGUUAAAUUAGGAAAAAAAUUUUAUAUAUAAAAAAAAAAAUAAUAUAUUUUUUUAUAUAUUUUAAAUAAGAGGGUUAAGAGUAUUUAAUAAUUAUUUUUACAGCAAAAAAUUGAAUUAAUUUCAUAAAAAUACCAAUUUUUAAUAUUUUGAUUUUUGGCUACCCCUUUAAACUGUAUAAAUUUUAAUUUGUUCCUUAUUAAAAUAAAAUUAUAAAUUUUAAAGAAAUCUCUAUUUUUUAGAUUAUUGAGUUUUUAAGCCUAGAUUGAUGACUAAAGCACUUCGGAUGGUUGAUUCCGUAGCUUGACAACAACUUCAUUAGGCACAUCUUCCAAGGCUUUUGAUAACUAAUAUAUUUUUAUAUAUACAAAAAUUUGCAUGAUAUGAAAAUCGUUCGAUCAAGGAUGGGGGUUAAUUUCCCAAUUUUUAGAAAUUUUUACAGUGAAUCGUUUGAUCAAGGAUAAGUUAGUACAAAAACAAAAAGAAGUAGAUAACAACGAAAAACUAAAGAGAGGGGAAAGCCCUGACUUAGAAGGAAUAAGAAUGCCCAGCUCUGAAAGCAACACAGAUAUAGAAGACAACGAUGAAUGGAGCAAUGAUGAAACUGAGGAUAAAGCUGAAGAGCAUGAAAGAGAAUUUUUGGAAAAUGUUGAAUAUCACGAGCACAUGCUGAAGAUUAAAGAAAAUUUGCUUGGAAAAAAAUGAAAUUAA